UCAUUUGAAGUAAGAGGAGUGAAAUGUGUGUUUGUGUGAGAGAGAGAGACACAUGAACUGGAAAACUUAUGGAGAAUAAACCAAAUGUUACUGAGAGUGACUGCAAAACAUAGUAAAAGAAAAGAAAUCAACAUAAAAGCUCCAUUAAUAAUGGUGUUUUUAUCAUUUAUUGUGAGAGGCGCAAAACAUAAACAAGGAUAAUUUUGAUCUUGCUUGCUUUUCUGUUUCUGUUUCUUUUUCAUUUUGAUUUUCAUUUUUCUUUGGCCUUUGCUGCUGUGGUGUGGUGGUGGUGCUGCUGCCUGCUGCACAUUUCGCUUUCUCACUUCACAAUCCACCUCUCACGUGAACCAUAAUUACACCCUUUCUUCAUCUUUUGCUUUUUCAUCUUCUUCACCUUCUAUUCUUAGGGUUUUCUUUCCAUUCCUUUUUCUGAUCUCUGAUUUCUUUUGAUCUACUCAAGCCCUCUCUAGAUCCACUCAACUUUAUUGCUCAUUGCUUCAGAAUAUUUGAGGGUUUUUGCAGUAAAGAUUUGAGCUCUCAAGGGGUAAGUGUACUAUGAACAACACUAUGUACAUGUGAUUUGGGUUUGUUUCACACAUUGGACCUGCUGGAUUUUGCCCCUACUGUGUGAAUUUGAGUUAGCAUUUCUAAGUUGGAAUGGCUUUUCAAUUGGGUUUGGGGUUUUGACGUGAAUUUCGUUUUAAUCUGUGAUUUGAGGUGGGGUUUUGGGAAGUGGAAGAGGAAUUCAUCUCAAUUUGAUCCCGCUCUUUUAUAUCAAUAUACGAUUGUAUAUGUUAAAGAGGAUUGCAUUUUGCUGGGAUUGCUGAGAAUGUGAAGUGGGAUUUGCUUCUUUAUGGCGGCGGAGGAAGGAAGUUGAAUUUUCAUACUUCGGCAGCUCACCAGUUUCUGUGAUUUUCAUCAUGUGUAGUUUUAGGUUUGGAUCUUUUGGAGGGUUUGAUUGAUAUUUUAUACGGUGUGUUAAGUCUAAGAGUUUCAGAUAUGCCUCCAUCACCUGCUAUUAGAGUUUCCCCUGGGAGGGAGAUGAAGGCAGAGAAUCACAAGCGAGGCCGCAGUCUUGAGAGUGGGAUUCUCUUUAGAGAGAGGGAUGAUGAUCUUGCUCUGUUCAAUGAGGUGCAGAACAAAGAAACUGAAAAUUUCUUGCUUCAGACGAAUGAUGACUUUGAUGACAUGUUUUCAACAAGACCAAGACACUUCUCCGAUUACAAGCUGGGAAUAUCUAUUCCUGCUCGAGGGGAGAGUAGUGACCUGCUCAGUGGAGAAGGAGAUAAAAAUGACUAUGAUUGGUUAAUAACCCCUCCUGAAACUCCUCUGUUUCCUUCUUUGGAUGAUGAGGCACCGGCAGUUAGUCUUGCACCCAGGGGCAGGCCCAGGAGUCAACCUAUUACAAUCUCGCGAUCAUCCACGAUGGAGAAGGGCUACAAGAGUGGCAGGACCAGUGCUAGUCCGCGUCGCCUUAGUCCAUCUCCUCGAUCUGGUACUAGUACAUUGCAGUCUAGAAGCAGACCAUUUACUGCCACUCAUUCUAGUCCACCUCCUGCUUUGCGACGUUCUUCUCCAUCAAGGGGGCUUUCUCCCCCACCAAGUAAGCCAAUACCUGCUCCAAGGACUAGAACACCAACACCUAGGAGAAUGAGCACGGGUUCAGCUGGUGCUACUGCACCUUCAAGGGUGAGAGGUGCCUCUCCCGUCAAGACAAGCCAGGGUAACUCUGCUUCACCUAAAAUAAAAGCAUGGCAAUCUAACAUCCCUGGAUUUUCCUUGGAGGCACCUCCUAAUCUUCGCACCUCACUGGCUGAUAGGCCAGCAUCAUAUGUCAGAGGUUCCUCACCAGCAUCGAGAAAUGGGUCCAGAUCUGCUAGACAGUCUAUGUCCCCAACUGCCUCAAGAAGUGUUGGUUCACCCCAUAGUCAUGAAAGGGAUCAAUUUAGUUCCUACAGUAGAGGUUCAGUUGCAUCAUCUGGUGAUGAUGAUGCGGACUCACUACAAUCUGUUCCUAUCAGCCCCUCUGACCGCUCAAUUCCAAGAAGCAUAGGUACUUCCCCAAAUAAUAAAACUAUGGGCUUUUCCAGGAAACCAACCAAAACUUUGUCAAGUUCGGCUCCCAAGAGAUCCUUUGACUUGGCACUUCGACAAAUGGAUAGGAAGGUUCCUCAGAAUAUGUUCAGACCCCUGCUGUCCAGUGUCCCCAGUUCAACAUUCUAUGCAGCGAAAGCAAGUACACAUCAUCGUGCUCUGAUAUCAAGAAAUUCUUCAAUCACAACUAGCAGUAAUGCCAGUUCUGAUCAAGGAACAAGUGGGGCACUUGAUACUGAAGAAAAUGAGCAGAACCAGGACGAUGUGACCAGUGACUUUGUGAAGGGACGGUACCCAACCAUGCAUGAUGAAGUAUUUGUCAUGGAUCACGCUGAUGUGAUGAAUGAAGCAAUUGAGAACAGAAUAAUUGAGGAGGUACCUGGUUACCAGGAUGAGGAAAAUGAUAACCCCACUAGAGUUAUUUCUCGGUUAGAUUCUGCUGAGAGCAGCAACCAACUUGACACUAGCCCAGCUAUGGCUUCUGCUGAUGUAGUCUUGGAUGGGAAAUAUGACUAUUCCGACGUUGAUGGGACUUCAGAUAUGGAAGUAUGCUCUGGAUGCUGUGACAUGUUUCCUUCUAGUGAAUUGGUAAGGGAAGGUGACCUGUGGUUAUGUCUGCAAUGCAAUAGUUUGAAGACAAACUCAAAGGCAACCCUCCCAGUGAAAACAGUGAAGAAAAAUAAGGAAAUUGCAGAAGACUUUGUUCACGAUGAAGAGUGUGGGUGGCUGGAGGUUUUGGACCAAUCUGUCUCAAUUCAAGAAUCAGUACCUGGUACUGGUGCUGGUGAAACAGAAAUGCAUUGCCUUGACUCUACUGCAAUUGAUGAUCAACAUUCAAAGAGAGAGCCAAGCAUGGAUCAUGAUGUAUUGCAAUCUGAGAAGAGGGAGCUUAUGGUUGCCGGGCAGCAAGAGAUAGUCAGAGGUGUGGAUCGUCACACAGGCCACCAACAAUUGCACCAGUCUGGUGUCUGUUCAACUUCAGAAGCUGAUGUUUCAGAAGGUACAGGUAUAUCAUUGCUUCUGAAGACAUCAAGUAGCAGUAAAGGACAUCUCGUCCAAAGCAGGAGUUUCACUGCAAGUAACAUUUGUUAUGAUGAUUUCUCUUAUGUGAGGGAUAGUGUAAAUAGUAUGAGAAGCUCCGGGGGGUAUAGUAAUGCAUCCAUAUCUUCCUCCAUUGAUCUGGGAUCUUCUAGGCAAUCAGAGGCACGUAUUCAUCGGCAAUCAAGUGGCCGGAGAUCUGACACUGAAAAUUACAGAUAUGAAAUUCCUAUGAAGCACAAACGCUCCAUCUCCUCUUUGUCUGGUGCAUCAGUUCUUGGAUCCCAGGUCCCAAGUACAACACCAAGUUGCCUAGGAGAUAGUUUUGAGUUAGUGUCUUCCAACAAGGAUAGGGAGGUUAGUGGGGUAAUAUAUGCAGAUCCUCCUAAACAGUCACUGCCCUCAGAAAAAGAAGCAGAAAGUACAUGCACGGAUUUAGAAAGCAGCCUGACCUUCAAGGUUGCUGCAGAAUUAUCAAGUGAUUUGAUGAAUGCCCAUUCAGGAGGUAGUUCAACGGAGUCAAUUCUGGCUUCUGAAGAGCCAGUAUCACAUGAGAAUGGUGAAAACCUGACAAACAAAUCCACGAACGAAGAAACAGCAGCUACACGGUUGCAGACUUCUUCACGAGGGGAGGACGUGCAAAACUCUGGUGAUGACAUUGUGGAUGUCACAGAAGUUCCUCAUCUGAGUUCUUUGAAUGAUAUAUCUGAAAUGGAAAUUCAGAAUUCUGGUAUUGUAUCUUGUGACUCACAAUCUGAUGUUGAUUCCACAAAUUCAAAGACAUGGACGAAUGAAUUACUGGAGCCUUUUGAAUCAGUGGAACAGAAUGGUAUUAUGACGGCGAAUACUGAGGAAUUUGACAUCUCUGUUCCUGUAAAUAGUGUCCUUGAUUCUACUAUUGUACUAGAAGACGUUGGUGGAGCAAAAUCUAGAAGCCUGACCCUCGAGGAAGCAACGGACACAAUCCUCUUCUGCAGCUCGAUUGUCCACAAUCUGGCUUAUGAAGCUGCAAACAUAGCCAUAGAGAAGGAGAACUCAUCACUGGAAGUCGCAAGACCAACAGUGACAGUGGUUGGCAAAUCCAAUUCCGACAGACGGGAGAUGCAUUCAAGGCCACUGGGGAAACGCAGUUCCAAGUCCCAGAAAGCUCGUCAGAGAAGAUUGGAGACGGAGACAAAGCCACGGUCUGUGACUACUGAAACGGAAGAAAAAUGUAGUCCCCGCAUUGUGAGAUCUCCUAGCAAGGGCGAUGCAACGCAUCCUCCUCCGAAACUGGAGUCCAAGUGCAACUGCGUCAUCAUGUAAGCCAGAGAUGGUAACAACGUGUGUUUAAUGGAUUUGUUUUUGUUGAUUCUAAUUGUUAUGUAAGAAGAUGAUGAUGAUGAUGAUGAUAUUAGAGGCAAUCCCUUUUGUAAAGUUGUAAUUUUUAUUAGGCUGAUAAUAGUGGGUAUUCUUGUUAGUUCUUGGUAUACGUUGAUAGAAGGGCAAAUCGGUAAAUUCUUUUGUUCUGGUGCUCCAGAACAGUGCAUUCAGACAAUUAUUCUUGGCAUUGUAAUUGUAGCACUUGUACCAUUGUAUCUCUUGCUUCAGUUAUAGUUACUCAGAAUUAUUGUAUUUU